AUAAAAGAGCAGAGGCUAUACAUAAAGGCCUUAAGAUACUUGAAGAAGAAGGUACCAAAGCUUCUCAUACAGAAGUAUCUCAUACUAUUAAGGAGAUUGAGAAAAAGAUCAAAGGUUCUGAUGCAGAAUCAAUAGCCAAUGCACCUGAUAUUACUUCUGAUGAAGCUGAAAUACUUAAGCUAAAUCUUGAAUGA